AAAAGCGUACAAUAUGUGUAAUUUCAGAAGACAUAUUUUUCGGUCCUUACAUAUUACCAUGUGAAGACCUACUUUUUUAUUUAUGGUGAUUUUCAUCAAGUUAAACGUGUAAUUAACAUAACGUUUUUAUUUCUUGCGGAUAUCAUAUUAAUAUAUGAUUUGUUAAUAGACUUUUAUGUUAAAAUCAAGCUAUAUACUAAAGUAGUUUUAAUAUUAAUAAAAUGUGAAACUUCUUACAAAAACUACUUGGGAGUUUAUAAUGUGUUGGCGAAGGCUGUUACAUAAAGUGCACAUAAAAUACAAACGCGAUCUUCAAGUUCAUAUAGUUUGUUUUGAGUGAUCCGGAAAUAAAUCUCUUAUCUCCGAGGCUUUCAAAAAAAUUUGACAUACUGGCUUAUUUCUAUGACUUUCCUGAAGUCGUCUUUUAGCAAAAUUUACUUAUAUCCGUCUUUUUAUUUUGCCAGCGAACAGACUACAGCAGCUAAUUUACUUAGAACGGUUUGUUGUUUCGCGGCAAAUGGACGACAAUGUGCUCAUUGACGUAGAGAGAGGCGGUUUGUCGCUAGUGAACAGACGAUAAUUAAUACGCCGAAUAAUUUAAACAGUUGGUUGUCGCGCGACGGUUUAUCGCUAGCGAAUAAACGAUAUCACAUCAGGUUGUUGUUGCGCGGUGCUAGCGAAAAUGUAAGAUUAAGUGAAUCUGGCGAAAAGACCACGACAACAAUGUGACUUAAACCAUCUAACAUUGACUUAAAUUAUAACACAAAAGAGAGCGUUUUUUUUUUCUUCUUCACUUCAUAUGAUUACCAAACAAGGAGAAAUUAUGGUACGACAAAUCCUGUUAGUUAUCGCAUGUCAUUUAGUUCACAUGCUGUCAUGUGGUAUAAGUCUGUCGUUUGGCGUUCUGUACAGGGAAAUGAGGAUCGAGUUCGGCACAAACUUCACAGAAGCUGCUUGGAUCGCAUCAAUAUUUAACGGGCUAUUAGGAUUCGUUGGUAUGCCUCUUAGUUUCAUCGUCAAUAGACUAGGUGAAAGAUGGCCAACCGUGUUCGGUUCUCUACUGCUUGUUGUUGGUAUGCUGACAUCUAUGUUUGCCACCGGGAUAAGAACUGUAUAUAUAACAUACGGUCUAACUGCAGGUUUAGGAGCUGGUAUCAAUCAUUACUGUGCGUAUACGGUUAUACCACCUCAUUUCAACAAACGAUGGCGUCCUGUUGCAGUCAUGUUGGCUAGUGCUGGUGUUCCAAUGGCCACGCUUGUCUUGCCGCCAAUUCUCACAGUAAUUAUAGAAGCCUAUGAUUGGAGAAAAGCGUAUAUGUUUUUAGCUUGCUUAUCGUUACUAGGACUUCCAGCAGCACUCAUUUUUUAUAAACAAGAUGUUUCCAAGUGUGUUGAAUCCGAGUCAAAGAAUGCAACCAAUUCCGGGACAUUGAGGGCAUCAAGGUUUUGGAAGGAUUCUAGCUACAUUUUAUACUUGACAUCGACAGUUCUGAUAUAUCUGAUGUUAUUUGUUCCUUCGACUUUUCUACCGGACCUCAUGCAUGAAUUUGGCAGAAGUUCUCAAGACGUGUACAUUUCAUUAAUGGCAAUGGGUGUAGGCGAUCUAUCAGCAAGAUUGUUAUUCGGGUUUCUUGUUCAAAAGAUACCGCGUAAAUUGGCAUUUAUUCGCAGCGCGGGAGCAAUGCUGUCUUGUGUUGCGUCAUGUCUAAUCACGAGGUCAAGGUCAUUACUGAUGUUUGCUAUCUUCUCGGGAUUAAUUGGUGUUAGCAUAGGAAUAUGUUCGGGUUUGGCGUUUUACAUGGCUGUACAUUUACUGGCAGCAAAGGAUGUAAGAGUUGGCUACGGUCUAGUAUUAACAUUAGGAGGAUUUGCAUUCGUAGCUGGUAUCCCUAUUGCUGGUUUUGUAAUAGAUACGUUCAGUACCGUGCGAGGGGCGUUUAUUUUCACAGGUGUCGUAAUUUUCAUUUCUUCUAUACUGGAUUUUAUCAUAGGAAUAAAGGAAAGAUGUGGGAAGACGUCAAGUAUGACAUAUGAAGUACAAUCAGAAGUUAACAGAGGAUAUAUAGAUAAAGAGGACAUACAGACCGAUGGUGAGGCAAAUAAAAGCGCGAGCUUGGAACAGUGCUCUCAUUUAUAAUAUUAAUAUAUUAAUACACAAACAAAAAUUAUACAAGUCAUGAUAACAUGUAUAAUAAUAUGAUAAUAACUUUCAUCCUAUUUUAGUUCGAAGGCAUAAUUUUAUGUAUGUACAAAGUUACGACAAUUUAAGCAAAUUUCAAUAAUUUGACAUUGACAGUCAAUGUUAUAGUUGAGUUACUGUACAUAUCAGUGUUGCUAUAAGUGUUCUUUUGCCCAAGUAUACAUCAAAUCCAUACAUAAAUAACACAGAUAUGGCCAAUUGUUGCGAAAUUCAAUAAUUUUAUAUGAAGUGUCAAGGUCAAAUUAAGGUCAAUGUCAAGUUCAAUUAAAUCUUUUUUUAUGUCUUGUCCCAUACAUUGUUAAGCACAAGUCUGGAGACAGUCUAUUUAACACUGACAAAGUUAUGGCCAAUUGCAGCAAAAACAAUAAUGAAAUAACAAUAAUCUGACCUUCAAGGUCAGUCAUUUACGAGUCAUUAUCAAUUUGGGUUGGUCAAUUUUAAGGCAUUGUCCAUAACAUAGAUGAGCUCAAGUCUGAAUAAAAAAGUUUUAACCAACUGUAACAAAAUUGUAGCAAUAGCCACUUUUUCUUCGAAAAGAUCAAGCUUAAAAUGAAGAAAAAAUGUUUUAAAUGAAAACUUGAGAGAGGAUGCAUGGUUUGGAAGUGUUUGGAAACCCACACUCGUCAUUUUGGUUCCCCUUCACCAAGGAGAUUACAGCAUGGAAUAUAAUACGUCGUUUAACCUGUGGAACUUUAGGCGCACUAGUAUACAAAGCAUUUAGUUUGGAAAAAGAAUUAGGAAAACCCUUGAUAUGAUAUACUGUUAGCCACUUUACAAUAUGUAAAACAUAGAUAUUUAUUUUGAAGACGCUAAUAAAAAAAUAUCUCUAAAAAUGUGCCUUUGUAUUUAAAAUGGUUCUUGUUGUGUUUGAUAAAAUGCUAGUUUUAUUCUGUUACUUUCGUACAGUUUU